UUAAUUAAAAUAAUAAUUUUAUAUUGUGAUAAAAUUAGUCAUAGUAUUUAGAUUUAAGACUUUAGCGGGAUAAAAACCUCAAUCGAUAAAGAGCUCAAUGAGUUAAUUUUUAAAAGAGUGGUAGAAAAAUGAGACAAUCUUGGGCAGACUAUAUCCAAAAUGGAGUCAUAAUUACAAUAACUUUAAUAUUUCUAGCAAAUAAUCCGAACGAAGUUCAAUCGUUUGGUUUUGGUGAUGCAGUCGAUGUAAUUGAAACUAGUUAUAAUGUUGCCAGAAAAUUAUUUACCGCAUAUGAAACAGUUGCAUCAGAAAUUAAUGAAAACAAUCCAGAACAAAAUGAAAUACCAUUAUUAAAAGGUCGUGAGCAAAAAAUACUACGUUAUGUGGAAGAAAUAUCACGUCAAAUGACCAAAAUUACAUCGACUGUGGGUCGUUUAAGUGGUGGGGAUUCAAUGGAAAAUUUACUACAACAAUUACCAAACCGAUUAAAAUAUGAGUUACAACGAAAUGAUUUAGCGAAUAUGAUUACCCAAAUUAAUGUGGCCUAUAAUUAUAUGUUAAAUUAUGUUAACGAUACACAAAUUGAACGAUUAACUUUAGAAGAUUUUGCAAUGAAAGUUGUGUCACAUGAUCCGGGCUCGGUACAAUCGUUAUUGUCACGAAUACAUUAUUUAAUUGUACCAGAGGGUUACGAUUUUGUUGAUCGUGGUAUUUUAUAUUUAAUUAACGAUAAUGAACAGGAAGCCAAUUCUGAUUUAUGUAAUUUACGGCAAUCACCACAACAGCUACUAUUUAAUUUAUACAGUACACUAGCAUUAACGGAAUUAAAAGGCUAUUCAAUGAUGCAAUUUUCCUAUAUGUUAAUGAAAUUAUAUAAUAAAGGAAAUAUGACUCGAGAAGUUGAACUGAUGCGAAAAGGUUAUGAGGAUCGUACUAAACGAAUGAUUGGAGCUAUUAAGAGUGUUAUGCAAGAUGCUAGUCGUGAUUUAUGGAUAUGUGAUCCAAAACGACAUGUUCCAGGUGAAUCGUACAUCGAAGUAACACAAUUACUCCAAGGAUACGUCGAAAACGAAGUAGAUUUAAACAAGGACGGAACUUGUCGGGAAACAUGCAACGAAUAUUCCUACACCGAAAAUUAUGGUUGUUAUAAAGAUUUAUAUUGUUCCAAACAACGAAAAUGUAAAGGGAAAAUUAUCAAUUGUAAAUAUUACGAUGCCGAUAUGUGGAUCUGUCCAUCGAAUGCAAGUUCCGGUCGACGAUACGAUUAUAUUGAGUAUGAAAAUGGUCGAGUGCUUGGUAAAAAAGGAUAUUGUCAGAGAGGGACACAAAAAGUCGAUAGUUGGUGGAGAUGGUUAUUCUGGCGAUGUUCGUAUUGUUUCUGCUUGUGUGACGAACAAGGAGUCAAUUCUGAUCGAUACUUUAAUUUACGAAAUGUAAUCGCUGAUGUUGGAAACAACAGAGUUGUAACCGGCUUAAGAUUUGUUAAAGAAAAUCGAAUAAUCCAUUUACAAAUUCAACAAGGUGAAUUAUUACCGAAAGGGCGUAUCAACGAAGCCACUUUAGAAUGGGUACCGGUCGAUAAAUAUUCAAUUUUGGAUAGUGGUGUUGUUUCUGGUGAAGAUUACCAUACUUUGACAUGGGAAUCGCGAGCAAUUGAUUUAGACGACUUAGAAACAAAACCAAAUCAUAUCGUAACUGGUGUACGAUUCCGUAAAGUUGGAUCUCAUUUAAAUUUUGAAAUUCAAGCACGACCAUUCAACUUUUCAACGGGUUUAUUAGUGGACCCAAAGAAUCAGUAUGAAUGGAUUAGUAAUGAUAAUACUGAUGCAAGUUUAGAUAAUCCCAGGCGGCAACUACGACUAAAUAAUCCAGAUGUACCGACGAAAUUCCGUAUAUCAUCAGCACCCGAUUCACAGUCAAAUCAAUUUUUACAUUUUACACACACAGCGAUUGAUAAGGAUGCGGCGCAAACAACAGUACCAUUUUUAGAUGCUCAAUCUGUGGUCUCACAGAUUCCAGUACCUUUAAGUGGUGCUGGAAUUUACCAUAAAGGUCAAUUAGGGUCUGGUGGUUUUAUUGCACCAAAAAUCAAAACAUUUGACUUUACCCCAUAUAUUAUAGAACCACCAAAAAUAUUUUAUCCUAUUCAAAGCGAAUUAAAAAGUGAAUUAAAAAGUGAAGCUCAAAACGGGGUUAUAACAGAUUUGGAUUUUUACGAAGAAGACUGUGUCCAUAAUAAAUAUUUCUUUAUAGUUUAUUUAAUUCCAAUUUUACUUAUUGGUAUAGUUAUUGGUACAGUUUUACGUUUUCGUAAAACAACUUUGCCGUUAAAACAACUGGCAAUAACUUAUGACGUUUAGGAACGGGGCGGUAAAACAAUUCUAUGCUAAUUUCUGUUUUUUAUAUAUAAAAUAAAAAUUUUCAUUUUUCUUUAA